ACAAGCAUCGAAUAAACAUCAUCGGACAAUCAACACUCUUGGAAGCCACGCAGCCAUUCUAAACUUCUCCCGCGAAAGAAAAUAAAUCAAAAUGUCUUCCCUGCAGAGCAGCGGGCACAUGAAGCUCGUCGGCGCGGUGGCUCAUUCCUGGCUUUUGACCAGUGGAGGGGGCGUCCUUGUCAGUGGCGCCAAGUUUGCCACCGGCAACAAAUUUCUGGAGCAGGAAAAGGCUUCGUCCUACGUGGUCACGACGGAAUUUCUGGGGCAGCAAGAAUCCACCGCAGCGUAUGGCGAAGAAGAAGAAGGCCAGCAAGGAGCCUCGAACCCGCAGGAUGGUGAGCAAGCUACACCGGCUGAGGAAGACGGGGCGGUUGUACCAGCUUCGACUCAGUGCCCGCAAGACCAGCUCGGCGCGGAUAUGGGCCGGUUUCACUACGCGCGCCUGGACCUGAGCACCUCGAUCCACCUGCCGCCCCAUGACGAGAAGCAGGACGGCGACGUGGUCCGGGACGCCAUCAAGGCCAACGGCGGUUUCCCGGACAAAAUGACCUGGCAGGCGUCCUUUUCGUUCCCGAAUUUGCCCAAGUCGAAUUUGGAAGCGCUGGACGAAACGAACGUCGACGUGCUGUGGCUCAAGGCGGCCAACGACAAACCGUCGGACUACGUCACGGUUCUGUUCGACGACGCGGCCGACGAACAGACCCUGCUGGGCCCGAUGUCCACCUACACGAAAAUGAUUCACGACAUGCUGCGCAACAAGGAAACCACCUGGGACAUUCUCUUGCCGAAAAUUUUUCUGUCCACUUUCGUGGCCAAAGCGAACCUGAAAACCAAGGACACCGAAAUCGGCGACUUCACGACCGAGGACCCCGAAGAAGUCGGGAGGAAGUUCGCGCAGAUGGUGGACGCGAUGGUGACAUCCCUCGCGUUGGACAACCUGGGCGAGAAGUUUUCCUUCAUCAUUGCGGAGAAGUACUCCUACAUUUUCUCCCUGGCUUUCCCCUACGUCACGAAGAUGCCGGCCCAGGUCAUCCUUCUGAACGGGAAGGUGCACGAGGCUCGGUUUGCGCCCAACACGGACCUGCAGAAAUCGCUGGUGAACACCCGCGUCAUCCUGAUGCAGGCGGCGUACGACGCUGCCGCCAUGAUGGACGGGGCCGGCACCUACCUGAAGCACCCGCUGGCCAUGUUCGGAAACGCCUCCGCCGCGGGGUUGAAAAGUAUUGACUGAAUCAAUAAGUUUUGUAUAGAUAUGGAGUUUAUUUUUCGUCAUACGAAGAUACGAUAGCACGCAAGUGAGGGCGUUCCACACUUGAAUGACGAAAAAACCUGGCCUCAGUCAACGACGUUACCACUGGGGUAUCAGGGCAGGCUAUUCCUGCCGCGCGUCGGAGGAGGGAGUUGUGCCGAGCCCCGCUCGAUCUAAUCAUCAUCGUCAUACGAUAGGUUCAGGUUGUGCGCUCAGAUUAUGUCGUGGUCUUAGUGUCCAUUUAUUCGAAUCAUGUUCGUUCAGCUUUGUUCAUGUGUGAAGCAGAAGGUUCAGUCAAAAAGACACAUGCCGCUUAAAUGUUAAUGACAAAAAUUACACACUCCCCCCGUCACGUCCUCACCACAGACGCGCGUGAUGCGAUGCUGAAGGAGGCGACGGAGGAGGAAGGCGAGACCAGCAAGCGGUCCGCGAUGAAGCUGCACAAGUCCAAUGCGGACGGGACCAAGCUGACGCACGCCAACGACGUGAAGGAGCACUUCCACAUCUUCUACUGGAUCGUGCCCGCCAUGGACAAUUUCCAUCGCCAGCAGGAGGGCAAGGCCAUCGUCGGCCAGAAGUUUCUCAAGGGCGGGAAGCGCAUCCGCCACGAAGGCAACCUGGCCCUCACGCUGACCGUCGACGCAACGAUGGCGCAGUACGCACGGAACUACGCGGCCACCGACAUCAUCAACUUCCUGCAGAAGAUAUCGAGUGAAAACAGUGUCUGGGUCUGGAAAGUUGUAUGUGGUACUAUAAUAUUUGAGAACCCAGCAUGCAUGGACAAUAGCAAUACAAAAAUAGGCAGCUGCCAAGCAUGACGAGGAGGUGUUGGGGACGAGUUUUGAUGUGCUUGUGUUGCGUAAGUACAAUUGUUCCACAUGAGAACAUGCACUAUUGCAAUGUCGAAUCAAUCGAGCACACUAAAAUGAACUUUCGCAGCAUGAUGCGUGACAAACUCUACAGACGUGGUGUUAAUAGACAAGCUUGUUGACAAGUCUACUUGCGAUCUAUCUUCCAGACCGCCCAGACUCAGACAUGUUUGCCACGUCGAUGAAAGAAGAUGAAUGGCAUUGACAACCCUCAAACGCAGAAGCCGACCCACGACCCGGUGAAAGUCGUGGUGGAUGACAAUGAGCCGGGCUGCUGCGGUGGCGCGAACGACGAGGAGGAGGAAGGCGAAACGGGAGCGGAAGCUGCUGCGGGUGCUGGCGCCGCGAAACAGGAUGAAAAAGCCAAGGAUGCUGCGGACGCCGCGAAAACUGGUGGCGAAGCCGCCGGGGAAGAAGAGGAGGAGGACACCGACGCGGGCAUGUGCGCCACGUGCGGGGGCAAGAAGGAAGGCGAGGAGGAGGAGGAGGGUGCUGCUGCUGCUGAUGACAAGAAGGUGGAAAAGUAAGUGCGCUUCUCUUGGCGAAAUUUGUUCAAGUAAGUACUUCGAUUACUCUACUUGUUCUUCGAGCAGCACCACCAGAUUGUCGAAACGCUGUCUAAGGGUUUACUAGGGCUCAAAGGGUUCAGUUUAGGGCUCCUAUUUAGGGUUUCCAUUUUUGGGUGUUCUUUCAAAAAAAUUAAUGCAGGGUUUUUACACGACGACACCGACAGGAUUUUUGCUUGGGUGCAGCAGGACCUCCUUAUUCAAAAUUUCUCAUAAUUUAUUUUGGAGUUGCACUCACGAGUAACUUCGCGCGCAGAAACACAUUAGAGUUGUAUAGAGGGCGAAAUCUUUAUCUUCGACAUCAAAUUGAAAUUCGGACUUUGUCGUUGCGUUGGCCGGUGGAGGUGCUACAGGAUGUUGGUCUGAAAAAGGUCAAGGAAACAAUACACUUUAUCGGAUUUCAAGAACCGAGGUUUAGGGCAGUAUACUACCGAUGUACGUAAAGUUGCACAACUCAUGUCUCUAUACAUACGUAGUGAGUGGCGCAUUUGCUAGUUUUCUUUAUACAAAACUUACAUAAACACUACAAUCACGUCUAUGUAAACGACUCAAAAAUCUCUAUCCAUCCAUCUUCCAUCAAGCAGACUCGGGACGGACUUCGGUCGCAGCCUCGAAUUCUGGAUGGAGAUACAAAUGUACUAAAUCUGGCCUUUAACAAGAAAACAAAAUAAAAGAAUCCAUGAAUAAUUUCUACAAAACCGACAGUUAUUUUGUAAAUGGUUAGUUAUGUGGUGCUGGCGCUCCAGCUACCGCUUCGACAUAGAGAGCUUACAGCGGCCACUACGCGCGUGCAUCAAGAGAACUAUUACGAGGCCAAAUUUUGCGCACACGCGACUA